CCUAUCCCUGAGAGUAUGUACGGUGCUACAGGCUUAACGAGGACUAUUCUUAAAUGUUUAAUGUUUUGACAGUUACCAGAGAGAGAAUAAAUGUCUCGCAAUCAAUCAUUUUGAAUGCGUUUAAUAAAUACUUUUAUAUUUUAGGCUAUUGCUAUUAUUGGUUAAAGUUUAGGCUACUAGCCUAUAUGGUCCAAUGGGAAUUCGGGAGAUCCAACGCAAUUGUGGAAAUAUUGACCGAGGGCUCUAGCCUACCUUUGGACUAGCAAAUAAAAGGAGUUGUCGUUACUAGCGGUCGUUACCGAAAUGUCUGACUGGACGGAUAUUCUACCGAGAUACAUGAAGAAAUAAAACGCUCCAACUAUCCUCCACUGGUCUUUUUUUUGGACGGAGAUGGUCUCGCGUGGAAUAACGGAUUUGUGAAGCUAUGGCGCUCGGGCACGGCUCCAAAAAGUCGCGCUCCUGUGAUUUGGAGGUUUCACCAGCUCCUGUGGACCUGCCAUUGGAAUGGGUGGGGCCCGGUAACAAAGCCUCCAUGGCGCCCUCUAAGAUGUUGAGACGACCCUGCAGGUGUCUCCUAGCCUUCCUUAUCAUCGUCACCAUCAUCAUCCUCUCGGGAGGAGCAGCUCUGGCAUGGUACUUCCUGGAGUACAGGGUAUGGGUACUGGAGCCCAGGGUACAACAGCAGUAUACUGCUAGACUCUCUAUCCUCAACAGGAACUAUUCCUCUGGUCUCUCCUCUCACACCAGCCCAGCCUUCACAGCCCAGGCAAAGGAAGUACAAGACAUGGUGAGGAGGAUAGUGAAGGGCUCAGACCUAUCUCGCUACUUCAACUCCACCAAAGUCUUUGCUUUUGGGGAGGGAAGUGUGGUGGCACACUUCUGGCUGGUACUGUCAGUCCCCGACAGCCAUGUUGGUAAGGUAACUAUGGAGCGAGUCAGCAGCUGCCUACACAGUCUACUAGGGGCCUACAGAGGGAGCGACAGAGAGGAGACUGCUAACUAUGGAGAAUAUCUGUUGCAUCUUCCCUCUUUCUCUAUCACAGAAACAGACCCCAAAGUUGUAGAACUUUUGAAAGCUUCAUUUGACUGCUACAGGUACCAGGUGGUCAGCUCCAGCACAGCGGUGGCUAUGAGGGGACCUAACACCCAGCGCUCAUCCUGCCUUUGGCACCUCAGGGCCCCGCAAGGUUCCAGCACCCAGAGUUUCAGACUGGAGCUGAGGAUGGAGUGGCUGCUACCAGAGUGUAGAGAUAGACUGGCUGUCUAUGAUGGUUUAACACCUACUGAUACUCACCUCAUCACCUCUCUGUAUGGCUGCAGCAGACAAGAGCGUGUUGUUCAUGUGUUGUCAUCAGGAGAGUGGAUGACAGUGGUCUGGAAACAGGGUCUCUACAACUACAAAGACCCCUUCUCCCUGUCUGCACAGGCCUGGACCACUGAAAUGUGUUCCUCCAACAUAGAGCUGCAGCCAGUAUCAGGGGUACAGGGUAGUCUACGUACCCCCUUCUAUCCCAGCUACUACCCACCAGACACCAACUGUACCUGGACAUUCACUGUGAGGCCCUCUGCAGACUAUGGACUAUCACUGGACAGUAUGAAGGUUAUGAGCUGAGCAGGGCCACACUAUAACCAGGCCUGUACACAAGGACAGUGGAUGGUACAGAACACCAGGUUCUGUGGGACGAGAGGUCUCCAGCCGUAUGCUGAGCGCCUCUACCUUCUCUCCACGGCAACCAGAGUUGUCAUGACGUCCGAGGUGUCAAUCACAGGGCCUGGACUCCAGGUCCACUACAGCCUUUUCAACCAAUCAGAUCCCUGUCCUGGUCAGUUCCUGUGUACUCUAAAUGGUCUGUGUGUUCCAUCCUGUGACGGCAUCAAAGACUGCCCCAACGGACUGGACGAGAGGAACUGUGUGUGUACAGCCCAGUACCAGUGUCCAGAGGACAGUCAGUGUGUUGACUACUUCAAGGUGUGUGACCAGCACCCAGACUGCCUUGAGGCCAUGGAUGAAGAGAACUGCACAGAGGGUGUACAGUGUACAGACCAGACGUAUGUGUGUGUCUCUAGGUGUACAGACCAGACGUAUGUGUGUGUCUCUAGGUGUACAGACCAGACGUAUGUGUGUGUCUCUAGGUGUACAGUGUACAGACCAGACGUGUACAGUGUACAGACAGGGUAUGUGUAUGUCUGUGCUGACGGGACGUGUCUGAAGAAGCCCAAUCCAGAGUGUGACUUCAUCACCGACUGUCCUGAUGCCUCCGAUGAGAGACACUGUGACUGUGGUCUGAGGCAAUUCACCAGUCGCGUUGUGGGAGCAGUCAACGCUACUGAAGGGGAGUGGCCAUGGCAGGUCAGCCUUCAGAUCAGUGGACGUCAUGUCUGUGGGGGGGCUCUGGUCUCCAGCCAAUGGGUGGUGUCCGCUGCCCACUGUUUCUAUGAUGACCGUCUCUCUCCCAGAGCGUGGACGGUCUACCUAGGUAAGUUCCUAUUGAACCGCAGCAGUCAGAUGGAGGAUGCCAUUCGGGUGCAACAGAUCCUCCUGCACCAGUACUACGAUGACGAGACACACGAUUAUGACUUGGCUUUGCUGCGACUGGAGAGACCUGCAGCCCCAGGCACCCUGGCCCAGCCCGCCUGCCUGCCGUCACCUACACACCAGCAAGAACCUGAGCUACUCUGUUGGGUCACGGGCUGGGGGCGCUACGUGAAGGAGCAGCACAAAUACUUAAAAAGGAAAAUGUAUUUUAAGAAAGGCACUCCCAGUAACGUGCUGCAGAAGGUGGACGUGCGUCUGGUGAGCGAGGAGGCCUGCUUCCGUUCCUACGGUUACAUGGUCACUCCCAGGAUGUUGUGUGCCGGCUACCGCAGCGGAGAGAAGGAUGCCUGUCAGGGUGACUCGGGCGGUCCGUUGGUCUGCCAGGAGAACUCGGGCCGUUGGUUCCUAGCGGGCGUGGUCAGCUGGGGAAAGGGGUGUGGCCGGGCCGACUACUACGGCGUCUACACCCGCGUCACCAAACUCACCGGCUGGAUCAAAGAACACAUCUCUGGACCUGGCUGACCUUCAUCAUUCUCACCAUCAUCAUCAUCAUCAUCAUCAUCAUCAUCAUCAUCAUCAUCAUCAUCAUCAUCAUCAUCCCAAAACAUUGUUAUCAUGUAGUAAUUGAUGUGAUCUAUUCUCUGUGUCAGUCCUUAGUAUAUUUAGAUGUCCGUCAGGGUUUUAACAGUGUCAUUGACCUUCUGGCAGUAUGGCACCAAAGUUCAUCAACCUAACAAGCAGACUUUCUGUCUCCUCUGGGCAAAUACACACUCUGCAGUAUUGGGCUCUACAUUCAACACUGUCACCUAGUGGAAGAUGUUAGAAUUACAACAUAAUUAAUAACUACCAUACCAAGGCAAUAGGCCCCUCAAAUUCAAAUCUGGACCUUAAAGCUCCACUGCUUUUGUUCAUUCAUCCCCUAAUCAGGGAUGGACUUACACCUGCGACACCAGGUGUGUGCAAUUAAUUAUCAGGUAGAACAGAAAACCAGCAGUACUCUGCACCUCGUAGGGUCAGAUUUGAAUGCACCUGCUUGAGUCCUUCAUCGAAUGUUUGUCUGUUUAUAUACUGAUGUGGAUUGGAAUGGGUUGGGCACAGAUCUAAUGUUUGUCUGUUUAUAUACUGAUGUGGAUUGGAAUGGGUUGGGCACAGAUCUAAUGUUUGUCUGUUUAUAUACUGAUGUGGAUUGGAAUGGGUUAGGCACAGAUCUAAUGUUUGUCUGUUUAUAUACUGAUGUGGAUUGGAAUGGGUUGGGCACAGAUCUAAUGUUUGUCUGUUUAUAUACUGAUGUGGAUUGGAAUGGGUUGGGCACAGAUCUAAUGUUUGUCUGUUUAUAUACUGAUGUGGAUUGGAAUGGGUUAGGCACAGAUCUAAUGUUUGUCUGUUUAUAUACUGAUGUGGAUUGGAAUGGGUUGGGCACAGAUCUAAUGUUUGUCUGUUUAUAUACUGAUGUGGAUUGGAAUGGGUUAGGCACAGAUCUAAUGUUUGUCUGUUUAUAUACUGAUGUGGAUUGGAAUGGGUUAGGCACAGAUCUAAUGUUUGUCUGUUUAUAUACUGAUGUGGAUUGGAAUGGGUUAGGCACAGAUCUAAUGUUUGUCUGUUUAUAUACUGAUGUGGAUUGGAAUGGGUUAGGCACAGAUCUAAUGUUUGUCUGUUUAUAUACUGAUGUGGAUUGGAAUGGGUUAGGCACAGAUCUAAUGUUUGUCUGUUUAUAUACUGAUGUGGAUUGGAAUGGGUUAGGCACAGAUCUAAUGUUUGUCUGUUUAUAUACUGAUGUGGAUUGGAAUGGGUUAGACACAGAUCUAAUGUUUGUCUGUUUAUAUACUGAUGUGGAUUGGAAUGGGUUGGGCACAGAUCUAAUGUUUGUCUGUUUAUAUACUGAUGUGGAUUGGAAUGGGUUAGGCACAGAUCUAAUGUUUGUCUGUUUAUAUACUGAUGUGGAUUGGAAUGGGUUGGGCACAGAUCUAAUGUUUGUCUGUUUAUAUACUGAUGUGGAUUGGAAUGGGUUAGGCACAGAUCUAAUGUUUGUCUGUUUAUAUACUGAUGUGGAUUGGAAUGGGUUAGGCACAGAUCUAAUGUUUGUCUGUUUAUAUACUGAUGUGGAUUGGAAUGGGUUGGGCACAGAUCUAAUGUUUGUCUGUUUAUAUACUGAUGUGGAUUGGAAUGGGUUGGGCACAGAUCUAAUGUUUGUCUGUUUAUAUACUGAUGUGGAUUGGAAUGGGCUAGGCACAGAUCUAAUGUUUGUCUGUUUAUAUACUGAUGUGGGUUGGAAUGGGUUAGACACAGAUCUAAUGUUUGUCUGUUUAUAUACUGCUGUGGAUUGGAAUGGGUUAGGCACAGAUCUAAUGUUUGUCUGUUUAUAUACUGAUGUGGAUUGGAAUGGGUUGGGCACAGAUCUAAUGUUUAUCUGUUUAUAUACUGAUGUGGAUUGGAAUGGGUUGGGCACAGAUCUAAUGUUUGUCUGUUUAUAUACUGAUGUGGAUUGGAAUGGGUUGGGCACAGAUCUAAUGUUUGUCUGUUUAUAUACUGCUGUGGAUUGGAAUGGGUUAGGCACAGAUCUAAUGUUUGUCUGUUUAUAUACUGAUGUGGAUUGGAAUGGGUUGGGCACAGAUCUAAUGUUUAUCUGUUUAUAUACUGAUUUGGAAUGGGUUGGGCACAGAUCUAAUGUUUGUCUGUUUAUAUACUGAUGUGGAUUGGAAUGGGUUGGGCACAGAUCAUUUCAGUCAGUGCACUACAUUUGAAAUGCUGAUUGCCUUCAGUGUAUUUCAUUGCAUGAGGUUUCUGAUGAAAGCCAUUGAAGGCCAAAACGUCAAUCUUUAAAAUGAUGAGCGUGACUUGCGCCGUUUCCUUUUCAAUUACAUGAUUUUCAUCAUUGAAAAUUAGAGCUUGUAAACCUUUCAAAACAUGAGGGAAUCCUAACUGGCAUCCUAUUCCCUCUGGGCUCUGGUUUAAAGUAGUGCACUAUAUAGGGAAUAGGGCGCCAUUUGGGACGCCAACCGUGAGGGUCGGAGUCAUCAUGAGGUUUCAUCAAUAAACCAGCAGAACUGUAA